GGUUGAUCUGCGACCCUCAGCAAUUAUUUUGACUAAUUCCACUCGAUAUAAUACGAUCACCACCGGAAUCCAAGGUUUAAUAAUAUCUAUACCACGAUGUCUUCGUCGAUCCAGAUGGAUUUCACUCUUCGCACGUCCACGAACGUGAAGACCGUUCAUUUGCUUGGCUCUUGGGACAACUACCAAGGCCAGCUUCCGCUUUCGAAAGAUUCCAGGAAGAAAGGUGGCUGGAAGGGAGCAUUCAGGUUCCAGGGAGCGACUCUUGCGCCUGGCCAUCGAUACUGGUACUACUAUAUCGUCGAUGGCUACCAUGUCUCCCAUGAUCCUGCCAAGGACUCCACCAUCGAGCCUACAACUGGCCGUCAACUCAAUAUCCUCGAUGUCCCCGCAUCGACAUACGCCAAGCCAUCCUCCAGCUCCCGCCAUUCCAAGCGCCAUUCCCGGCCUAUGUCCAUCGACAUCCCCAAAGGCCGGGCCGUCUCGCCCAGCAAGAUCCGCUCGCCGCACCCCGUCAAACCCAACCAGACCCGCCACAUCGUCCAAGCCGACUACAACACGCUUGAGCACCUGUCGCAGCAAUUCAGCCACGCGACGCUGGAUUCCUCCGAUGACGAAAGCUCCGACGAGGACAGCGAUGUGCCGUCUCUGACCAGCAGCCGCAGCAGCGCCUCCAGCAGCCCUAGCUCGCUGAGUAGCACCAGCAGCUGCUGUACGUGCGAGCGAUACGGUAUCACGCGCGGCGGCGACCGGGUCAAGUUGGACUGCGGUGGAACCCGGUGCGGGAGCGAAGGUGGGAGUAGCUGCUCGAGUGACAGCGAGGACGAGUAUCGGCGGGGAACGACUCGGCGCAACGGGAUGGUCGUGUACGACUAAACGAGCGCAUCCCAGUUGCAGUGUUCUGUCUCCCUAUUUCCUUCCUGGAGUCUUCGCCCGCGCGGCGUCUACCACAUCGCCUCGCGCCGCAGUGGCGCAGGCUGACGCUCAUUAUUCGUGUUGUGGACCAACCCUCACUCCUUGCGAAGAGCACAAAUAUGUUUGAUUCCAUAUGUUUCGACGAUAGUUUCCUG